UUGUGUUUUGCUUCUGCAAUUUCCUUUCUCAUUUCAUAUUUCAGUAUAUCCAGUCAAAGGUAAUCUCGUUUUUCAGUUCAUUCCAACCACUCCAUUGAGUGCUGCAACAGAAAUGGUUUCAAUUUAGCUCCGAGAUACCUUCAUCCAUUUUGCUUUCCUAUUUCAAUACCACAAGAAGACAGUUACUAUUCCGAACAUAGAAUACAAUGUAUGAGUUACGUCAAAUCUCUGCCUGCCAUUCGAUCGGAUUGCACUCUUGGACCCAACGAACAGAUCAAUCAAGCUACCCAUUAUCUUGAUGGUUCGCAAAUAUAUGGAGCAACUUUCGAGAAAUCUUCAAACUUGCGUACACAUGUCGAUGGAAAAUUAAAAGCCAUAACAAUACAAGGAGAAGAAUAUCUUCCUUUGUCGGCCAAUCCCACUGAAGAUUGUCAGGUUGACACAAACACAUCUCUUUGCUUCAUUUCCGGUGACCCAAGAGUCAAUUUCCUACCACACCUUACUGUAUUGCAUACCUUGAUUAUGAGGGAACACAAUAGGAUAGCAAAAGAUUUGGCUUCAGUGAACGGUGAUUGGGAUGAUGAGACUACUUUUCAAGAAACCAGGAGAAUUGUAAUUGCAGAGUUACAACAUAUAACCUAUAACGAAUGGUUGCCUCAAGUUCUGGAUCCGAAUAGUUUAGAGAAAAUUCACAGGGCAGUUUACGAUGAGAAAAUCGAUCCCAGAGUUAGCAAUAGUUUUGCUACCGCUGCCUUGAGGGCGUUUAUUUCUAUGAUUUCCGAAAAUAUAAGGUGAUCAACAGAUAUUCAGCCAAUGGAUCCUACGGUUAUGAUGUACUCAGCUUAGAUAUCCAAAGAGGUCGUGACCAUGGGUUACCCAGUUAUAACGAUUUCAGACGUCUAUGUGGGCUUAUUGAGCUGAGCAGUUUUGUAGAAAACGCAGAUCAUAUAGGCCAAAAGAACCUAAAAGCUUUGCAAAAACUUUACUCACAUCCCAACGACGUGGACCUAAUUAUUGGCGGCCUGAUGGAAGAACCCAAACCCUUACUGGGUCCAACUUUCUCCUGUAUCAUCGAAGAUCAAAUGAUUCGUUCCAAAAAAGGAGAUCGAUACUUCUACACCAAUCAGGACCAACCUAAUGCUUUCAGCGAUCUACAGUUGAAAGAGAUCCAGAAAGUGUCGCUUGCUAGAAUAAUUUGCGACAAUGCGAAAGAAAUAGAAUCGAUGCAACCUAAUGUGUUUGAGAAGAUUGGUGAGAGGAAUAAUCUGGUACCCUGUGACAGUGAGUAUAUACCAAAAAUGAGUCUCGUACCAUGGAUGGACAACAGAGAGAGAUAUUAUAAUUGAUACGGCAAAAAAUGUGUAAAUUGUUUCAUAAUCUUCUCAGAUCAAAUUUAAAUAUAAAUAAUUCUCUUGUCAAUAAAUUGAUGGAUGUAGCCGUUA